AUUCCGAGAUCGCCAUGUUUGUAUUAGCCAACAUAAACCUCAAUACACGUGUGCGUUAGUUGCGAGAUUAAGAGCGAAUAAAAUAGAAAUUUAUUUUCCAAUUUAACCAAAAAUAACGCUCAUCGUAGAUAUCCAGGUGCCGCAUUGCAAAAUCCAAUAAUGAUUGCCGGUCGCCCACUGCUGUUCCUAUCGCUGCCGGGUUUAGCGCUAAUUGUGGGACUGGUUUGGUACCGCCGCAAAUUCAAGCCGGACGCAGGUGAUCGUGGUGGAGAAAAGAGCAAAAAAUGUGAAAGUGCGAUCAUGCCGCCGCGCGGUGUGUCCGCUGCCGAGCUCGAGCCGGACAUGCGACAGAGUUCCUCGCUACCAAUACAGCAGUCGGCCAACAGUGGCAACGGGGUGGAAAACUGGGAAAAUUGUUCGGGUUCGGGUCAUUCGUCGGCCGGGUCGUCACGUUCAGCACCGAUAGACAUCGUGCCGAACAAGAGUCCCUCCAAGGGUGACGAUACAAACGACCUGUUGGGCCGUACGCAUCUGCUCGAGCAUGAGAAUGAGGAGUUUAGCUUCAGCCCAUCGAUUGACUUACCUGGUUCAGUUGUUUCACGCUAUCCAACAAAUCUAAGAAAAUUCAACCAAAUGAUGGAACCGACGAAGGAACCGAUAGUGAUACGCCCGACCAAGGUGGCUUCACUGCAAAGCGGACACUUUCGAGUGUCUGAUGAAAAUGGUAACCAAUCCAGUCCAGACGCUUCCCCACCACAGAAGCAUACGCCACAGCAGCAAACACAAAACAAUGAAAGUGACCGGGUUAACGGUAAUAGUGUGACGGUGUGUGACGAUAAGACCGAUGGUGAUGAUACGUUCGACCGAAAAACGGAACCGUUUGAUGAACGCAAUGAACAAACUGGUAGUCCUCCGCUUAGCAUUUGUAGCGUGCGUUCCGAGGACUCGGGUAAGGGUUCCAGCCCGCCGCAUUCGGUCGGACCGUCCGCGUCGAUGUACGAAUUCUUGGUGCCCGCUUUUCUCGUCGCCGGUAUGCUUGGCAAGGAUGGUACUUUUGUGAAACACAUUAAAAAAAAGACCGGUGCCAAUGUAAUCAUCAAACGUAAUCCGGACGGACACCAUAGCAAAAUCUGCACAUUGGACGGUACGCAGCAGGAAAUUCAGAACGCGCUGGCUGUAAUCCGGGAGAAGUUCCCGCUGAAACGGUUUCCAACUCUUACACUGCAGCGCAUUGAAAUUAGUCGCGUUGAAACGGUUAUACCAAUAUCAUUGAUGAAUGACACGUGUUCAAGCCUGCCGUUGGUCGAGGGUAUCAACAAUGACGUCGCCAUUAGCUGUAUCAUAAACGUGGGCCAUCUGUUCGUACAUCAACCGCUCCAUCCAACCCACCUGACGCUUAACAGUAUGCAGCACUCUCUUAAUCAAAGCUAUACGCUCAACGAGGCUCCCGCACUGCCAGAGAUCAUUCCGAACGCGGUCUGUGUCGCGUUCGUCGCCGACAACUGGUACCGGGCGCAGGUCGUACAACACAUCCCGGAAAGCAAUUUGGUGUUAGUGAAAUACUUGGACUACGGUGGUUUGUCGAUGUUGCCCCCACAAAACCUGCGUCAGAUCCGAACAGAUUUCAUCUCCGUACCGUUUCAAUCGAUAGAAUGUGUGCUGUCGAACAUUGAGCCGAUUGAUGAGAGCUGGUCCGUGGAAGCUACCGAACUGUUCCGUAGGUUAACAAACAGUGCUAUUAUGCAGGCACAAGUAGCCGGUUAUACUGAGGAGGGUAUUCCCGAAAUUUAUCUAUUUUCUUCUAUAGCAAAAGAUAAUGUAAUUUUCAUUAAUCAAGAAAUGGUUGCUCGCGGCUACGCCAGAUGGAUUGACUGAACUGUGUGAAUGCAAAGUAGGUGAACAAAUUAAUAACAAAUUUAAAAAUGCAUAUAUAAGGAAAACAAAACGGUGAGAUUGAACAUAGGGAGCGCGCUACGGAGAAAAUGGGGGACUGAACUUUUUUUAGCAAAGAACGAACGAUCAUCAGACUGUUUGGGUUGAGUGGUGCUGUGAAGGACUUGAAAUAGUGCAUGGAGGAUGAAAGUAUCUGCACAAUCAACAAGUAGUGCACAAUAUGUGACAUUCGUUAAACGCGUCGUGGUUUGUCUCAAGAAGCCAUGGUUCCCAUAAUUGACUAACCAUCUUCUCGUGCUCUGGUUGUAGAUCCGGUACCUUAAAUCUGUAUCCAUUUUUGGGUAAUGUAACAGCAACGGAUUAUUGUAACCACGCCUAUACCUGAGCGUGCACUUUCAUCGAACGGUCAGUCCUCAUUUUAUGUCUCACAUGCACUAAGAAUCACAUCCUGUUGAUCAUCGUUUGCGUUUGGCACUAAACGCGCGCCUCUUUAUUGUCAUACUCUCAUUACUACAGUCCUUCCUCGUUACUGUUACAUUUAUUAAAAGAAGAAACUUUGUGAAUAAUACGUUAAACAAAAAACAUAAGAAUGCAAAAAACCUGUCGUUCAAGUUUUCUUUUUUUCUUUACAUGUCUUACCAGUACUGCCCGCUAAGACACUUUAUUAUUUUAGUGAUUUUGUAUAAGGGUAUUUAUGAAAUAAAUUCAACAAAAUUAAUUGAUCU